CUUUCUUUCUCUUCACUCUGUGUCACCAUCACCUCCUCUUCUACUCCUCCAUAACCCGUCAAAAUAAAUACCGCUCACUCCCAAUUUCAGCUCUCGACCACGUGACGCGCUGCAAUUGCCGAGAAGGAGCGCCCCGUCGGCGAUAAACUACCUACCUGAACUAAAGUUCCUUGCCUCGCCCCGUCGUCCCUGCCCGGUGCUUCUAUUUCGUUCUCUUACAGUAAGAGAGACGUCGUCCAUCCCUCUCUCGAGUCCGAUCGCAUCCCUGGAGAGAUUAAAUGCCUGAGGUAUACUUAUACUUAUCUACGAGGCUGACGUCGUCGGGGAAUUGAGCAGCUGCACAUCGCCCUCUUCAUCUCCACCAGACAAUUCGCGCGCCCGCACGCAGCAUCCCCGCAUAUACAUCGCGCCUCGCGCCAUGAGGCUGAAACCCAUCAUCAUCUCCUAGGAACUGGAAUUUUGGAACGGUACGGCACCAUGCAGCAACGCCCCCUCCUCCCGAAAUACGACCCGCCGUCCUCAUCCGCGUCGCCGGUGCUAGACCCAGCGUCGUCGGGAUCGGGCGGCGAGAAGGCGGCGUCGUCGUCGUCGGCGGCAGCGGCGGCGAAGAGGAGGUGUAUCUCGAGUGCUUGUAUGCCUUGUCGGAAGCGGAAAUCGAAGUGUGAUGGCGAGAAACCUAGGUGUGGGGCUUGUAGGGAUGUUUAUCGGGUGGAGUGCCGGUUUGAUAUUGAUGCGGAUCAUAGGAGGAAGGGGGCGUUGAAGAGGGAUAUUUCGGAGUUGACGGAGAGGGUUGAGGGGAUUGGGGCGGUGCUUGAUGCUAUUAGAGCCGGCUCUGAAGCUGAUGUUGAUGAUAUUGUGCAACUCAUUCGUUCUAAUCCGGAUCAGAGUCAUGAGAAUAUGGCCGAGAUGAUCAGGGCCAUGGCGUUGAAUAAGCAUUCGGAUCCGCCUCCUGUUGAACCUCCAUCUAGUCUUGAAGGACAGCUUCUUAUGGAUUUCCAUGGAAAGGCUUCGACGGAUAAGUCGGGCGUUAGCAGUCAUUAUGGGCAUACGUCCAAUUUUUCAUUGCAGGAUCAGGUCCAAAAUCGGGCUAUGACUGCGGAACAGGUUGAGACUUGGACAACUGUUACGUCUGACACCAAUCUAAUCAACGAUAUCAUGGAAUCCUAUUUCGCAUGGAUACAUCCAAUAUACCUUAUAUUCUCGGAGGAGAUCUUCCACCACGGAAUGCGGGACAGGAAGCCUAAAUACUGCACGCCGCUGCUUGUCAAUGCUAUUCUCGCUCUCGGAUGCCAUUACUCGGACAGGCCAGAAACACGAGCAUCUCCGCCUAUUGGAGAACGUUUCUUUACUGAGGCAAAACGACUUUUGGCAGAGGAUGACAAUACACCGGCCCUGACGAUUGUUCAGGCUCUGGGUCUAAUGUCUCUGCGCGAGGCUAUCAGCAGUCAUGACAGUAGUGGUCGAAGAUAUGCCGCUCAAAUGAUGAGCAUGGCGGUUGAGUUGGGACUGCACAUCUCUCAUACUGCUCAAUCUGGCAGCAAGCUCACUCUGUCCGAGAUUGAAGCCCGGAAAGUGACCUUCUGGGGUUGUUUUGUCCUCGAGCAGAUUUGGUCAGUCUGUGUAGGACGAAUACCGACUUUACCACGGACAGCAGUCCGGUUAGAGAAACCGACAUUAACUGCCAGCCUGGAGAAUACGUUAUGGAGACCACAUGGGUUCCCCGAGCAGGAUGUGGCGAGACUUACUCAGCCAAGCUUGAAAUAUUCCAUUUUAUUACAGUGCAGCGUCCUGGUGGAGAUUGUCGAUGAUAUUUUACGUUCGUUUUAUGCCCCGAGAGAUCGAAUCACGAGUCGGAAGUUGCAGAUGUUUCAUGAGCAGCUGCAGGAUUGGUAUCGUAAACUUCCGCCGGGGCUUGCUAUUCGGAAGGAGGGGCCUACUUUACCACAAGUUAUUACUUUACAUAUAUUUUACAACAACUGCAUUAUACAAACAUUCCGUCCUUUCCUGAAGGUUUCCUUUGUUCAAGGAUCGGAAACACCACGGCAAAUAUGCACCGCAUCGGCGAAUACGAUAUCCCAACUGCUGGACCUGUACAAAAAGACAUAUGGCCAUCGCAUGAGCGUCUUCGUCAACACUCAUUGCGUCAUGUCAGCCGCAAUCAUUCACCUUGUAAACAUCUGCUCACACCCAGGCACGAGCCUCCCGGAAACCGAAAACCAUCUCGCGGAGUCUAUUCGUGCAAUGCACGAAAUGACACAAAAGAUCACCAUGGCCGGACGCUACACACCAAUCAUAAUGGAGCUGAUCCACAAAUGGUGUAAGGUGAUCCCCCCUCGAGUCCAAGAAGCAAUGGACGAAGUAUCCAUCCCGAACCUUGGCACCCCUGACCCCACGACCACCAACGGCUCAACAAUCAACAACCACGACCCAAAACACGACCACAUCGACCUCACACUUCUAUCCCGCAAGGACUCCGCACCCGAAAUCUUCCCCACCACAACAGACAGCUUGAAACCCCCGCUACACUACCAACAUAAUUUCUUCUGGACGCCGUAUCCGAAUUCUUUUGAGGGUGUUCCGCUGGCGCUGCCGCUGCAGGAGAGUAAUCAUCAUAUGGACAUUACGAAUGUGUUGGACUCGGGGGUUAGUGGGGAUUGGCCGCAGUGGAAUCGGGACGGGUUCACGAUGGGUGGGGAGGUUUGGGGGGUUGAUUGGGAGGGUAUUGCUUAGAUGUGUGAUGAGAGGGGACAGAGAGAUGAGAGGGACAGGAAAAGGAAAGAUAGAGGAAGAGGGCUGUAAAUAGAAUUUGGUGUAGUAAUAUUAUUGUUAUG